AAAACAGAUGGGCAGCCUACACUCCAACAUAAGCCACAGUAUUUUGUAAUUUUUCUUACGCCAAAGGAAAGGAAUCUUGUGUCGGUUGUUACCGGCUAAGGAAACCCUCAAGAAACCACAACCCCAAUUCCCUAAUUUAUACUCUUGGAUUUUCGGUUUUUUGUUUCAAAUUGUUCAAAAAGAGAUUAGUACUUAGUUUUUGCAUGCGAAGGUUUCAAUCUCGGGCCGUAGAAUGGGCAAUUGUGUGAUGAAAGGAUUUGGAAAAGUUGAAGAAAUGGUAAAAGUGAUGACAUGUAGCGGCGGCGUCAUGGAGCUGUACACGCCCAUCACGGCGGAGUGCAUAACCAACGAGUUCCCCGGCCACGCCAUCUACCGCAGCCGCGACAAUAUCUUCUCUCCUCCGCUCCUCCACACCGAGCAGCUCCACGCAGGUCAGCUGUACUAUCUCCUCCCAAUAAACAACACCUUCCAAAAGCAAAACAAUCAAGAUGGUGGCGUAUUAGGGACUCCGUACCGGGUGUCAUUGGAUAGUCAAAGGGUGAUGAAGAGAGCCGAGGCGGAGGUCCUGCCGAGGUAUAAUGGGAGUGGGGUGUGGAAGGUGAAGCUGGUGAUAAAUCCGGAACAGCUGGCGGAUAUACUGGCGCAGGAGGCCCGGACGGAGGAGUUGAUAGAAAGCGUGAGGACGGUGGCAAAGUGCGGCAGCGGGGUGUCGUCGGUGGGGAAUUCUGAUAAGUGGAGCGUGUCAAGUAGUUGGAAGGGAUCAUUUAGUAGGAAGGGAGAAGAAACUAAUUAGAAUAUAUUAGUGUAUUAUUUUUAUUUGCCUUCCAUUUUCUAUUACAGUAAUUUGUUUAAUAUUAUUAUCUAUCAUUUUAGAUCAAAAUAAAUUAUAUUCUCUUAU